GUACUAUUUUCGUCGGCUGCAUGUGAAUGUUAUCACGCAAAUAGCAUUCUUUUUGUCGAUUGCUAAGUUAUAAAAGGAAGAUUACACUAUGUUUGCACUCCACUUGGGUAGGCUCGGCCUCCAACAGUCAGCAGUUCGGUCAUUCAGCUUAUCCAACCCACUACGACAAUGGAAUAAAUUACAAGUACAAAGUAAACAGAUUAUAAGACAGAGUGGAUCUAAUUCAAAUAUUGGACGAUGGUACAACAGAUUUGCUCCGUUAUGCAGAAAUCACUCGCGUUUAUUGACAAGUGAUGCUUUGAUGACAGUCCGUUCAACAACAACCAAAGCGAGUAGCAAUGUUGCCAAGUCACUUGUUGGUGACAUUCCGUCGUAUGCUAGAAAGAUUGUUGGAGGAUGGCUGAUAAUCUGUUCAGGAAUGGUUGUUGGUGCUGUGGUACUUGGUGGAGUCACAAGAUUAACAGAGUCAGGCUUAUCAAUGACCGACUGGAAUCUGAUAAAAGGAAUGAAACCACCAAGAUCAAAUGAAGAAUGGGAAGCAGAAUUUAAAAAAUAUCAAGAAUACCCAGAAUUCAAAUAUUUACAUCAUGAAAUGACAUUGGAAGAAUUCAAGUGGAUAUUUUAUAUGGAAUAUUCCCAUAGAAUGUGGGGAAGAGCUAUAGGAUUGGUUUUUGCUCUACCAGCCAUGGUGUUUUGGAAUAGAGGUUGGCUCAGCAAAGCAAUGAAGCCUAGAGUUAUAAUAUAUGGAUCUCUAAUACUUUUCCAGGGGCUUCUUGGUUGGUAUAUGGUCAAGAGUGGGUUGGAAGAACCAAAGACUGAAGACGUUCCACGUGUCAGUCAGUAUCGCCUGGCAUCGCAUUUAGGAUCAGCAUUAUUAUUAUACACAUUGAUGUUAUGGUCGGGAUUGACGCAUCUUAUGCCAACACAAAAUGUGCCAGCUAUAGCUAGCAAAUCCCUCCCUUUACUGAGAAAAUCAGCUCACUUUGCGUUAGCAAUGAUAUUUACAACAGCACUAUCAGGUGCCUUUGUUGCUGGGUUGGAUGCUGGUUUACUGUACAACAGUUAUCCCAAAAUGGCCGACAAGUGGAUACCAGAUGACAUAUUAGCACUUUCCCCUACAUGGAGGAAUUUUUUUGAGAAUCCCACAACUGUUCAGUUUGACCACAGAUUAUUGGGAACAACAACUGCAACAAUAGUAGGACUUUUGUGGUUUUAUGCAAAACGUGUACCACUACAUCCUAGAGGCCAGAAUGGCAAUCAACUGUAUGUGUGCUAUGGCUGGAAUACAGGUUACACUUGGUAUCUGUACCUUGUUAUACUAUGUACCAACCAAAUUAGCAGCAAGCCACCAGUCGGGAUCCGUUGCGCUAUUAACAAUGGCAAUCUGGUUUCUUAACGAGUUGAAGAGAAUCCCUAAAUGAAGAGAUCAACAUGCUUCAUUCGCUGAAUCUUGUCAGCAAACUUGUUUAGAAGCCAUGUGUCAUAGUAGCCCCAAAACUAUGAAACAUAGCAACUUGAAACCAGGUCAAAGGUUAUUCAAGUCAAAGGUUACAUGGGUCAACAGUUGCCUUUAUAAUGGAUGUAUGACACAUGCAGAUUAUAUUUUGCAAUCUAUACUUAAAUAUUUAAUAAUUUUACAUUCAAUUUAAUAUAGAUAAUUAUGAUUUAGUCAAUUAUUAAAUGCUUCAACCAGAUAUUCAGAUUAUGCAUGAGCACAAGAUGCAAUGGAAUAAGUCAGCAGAUAUUGUAAAAUUAAGAAAUUUUGCAAUAAUCUCAGAAAUUUAAUUUGAGAUAUUAUUCAGUUUUGUAAAGUGAUUUUUUUUUAUUAAAAACAGCAUUGUGACAAUACAGUAAUUUUAGAUUACUCAUGAAUGUGAUUUAAAAUAAGUCAAUAUUAGGAUGCCAGUUUGGUGUACCACAUUUUGUCUAUUACAUCUAUUGAAGCAAUUCUUCUCUGGUGACCACUUAAUGAGUGUGUUAGAAUAUAUUGUAUGUAGUAGUCAAAGAGAUAGUUGCUUUGAUUGCUCAGACGGUUUUCAACUGUGAUUCUAAGUUAAUAAGUGCAUUUUUUUACUAAUUUAUCAGUUAACCACAUCCAUGUAGUUACCGGUAUAUAUAAAAAAACAACAAAAAACAUUCAAUUAUUUUCUGCUUGAUUGCGAUAUAUGGUAUUGGGGUGAAUUUCACAGGAGUCCAAUGUAGCUAUGUAAUUACUACUACUUGUAUAUAUGGUGCCUUUGCGAUUCAGUAUUCA